GAAAUUAUUUUAUUAAUUUUCGCUUAAAUUUCUCUAACAGUAUCGGAUAUGACAUUUUUCUUCUGAAUUUUAUCAUCUUCAACCUUCUAAUUCAGUAGGUACUAUAGUCAAUUGUCCUCUUAGUAGCCCCUUUAGAUACUUUCAAUGUGGAGAAGGCCAAUAUAUAAACCUUUCCCUUUUCUAAAUCCUCAGCUCAAAAUUUCCACCAUGGGAGCUGCUUCCUCCAAUGCUCUUUGUUUUUCUUCAAUCAUCACCAAAACGGCUCCAACACCGUCGUUUCUUACUAAACAUACAAUAACCCAUUUUCGCAAACUCCCUCAAAGGUUUCGAAACGACGCCUAUUCCAGCGUUUCUGCUAAACCCAUUCAUUCUUCUUCUCUCAACGCAUUCCUUCAAUCCAAUGCAAACGACACGGCCGUAGCUUGGAACAAAGCGCCGGAGAUUGUUAUCAAUGGAGAUGGAAAAGCCGAGGCUUUUGGAUGCAGGGACAAGGUCGUAAUAGUGGUUCUUUUGGGAUGGCUUGGGGCUAAAACCAAGCAUUUAAAGCGAUAUGUGGAAUGGAACAAUUUAAGAGGAAUCCACGCGGUUACUUUUUUAGUAGACGUUAAGGAAUUGCUAUGGUUUGAUAUUGGUGUAAGGCUUGAGCAGCGUGUAUCUGAAUUGGGAAAUGAGUUGGCCAAGUGGGUUAUGGAAGAAGAGGAAGAUGGUCGUGAAAGGUGCUUCAUUUUCCAUGCUUUUAGCAACACUGGCUGGUUCCUAUAUGGUUCACUUCUUGACAGCUUUCAGAGAAGAGAGGGAUUGAAAGAGAAGAUAAGAGGAGUAAUUAUUGAUUCAGGAGCUGCUGACCCUUUAAAUCCUAAGGUCUGGGCAGCCGGUUUCGCUGCUGCUAUACUGAAGAAACAGAGCUCUUUAGUAAAUGGACUAGAAAGUGCAGAGACAGAUUCAAAAUUACAGAAAGUGGAACCCGGGAUAAUUGAAUCUGUGCUGCUAUCUGCCCUGGAAAAGCUCUUCAAAUUUGUUCUAAAUAUGCCCGAUGUUAACCGAAGGUUAAGAAAAACGAUCAAUGCUAUCAUGCAGCACACUCCUCCCUGUCCUCAGUUAUAUCUUUAUAGCACAGCUGAUAAAGUCGCUCCGUAUAAAUCAAUCGAGUUGUGUAUUGAAGAGAUGAGAAAGAAGGGGAUAAAAGUAUUCUCCUUCAACUUUGGCACAUCUCCGCACGUCGACCACUAUCGGGCUUUUCCAAACAUAUAUUCAUCUCAGCUUCAUAAUUUUUUGAAAGAAUGUUUUGCUGUUAAACAAAGAUGAACUCUCCAAAUACUUGAGUCAGUCCAUUAGUUUUUUCUUGUAUUCUGAUAUUUCUUCCAGAACAGCCCCAAAAAGAUACCAUGCAUCAGCGUCUAUUAUUAUAUCGAUGCAUUCUUUCAGUACUCAUAACGUUGGAGGCAGAUUGUUGGAAUAUAUUAGAUAUUUUAGCCACUGCUAUAAACUUAACUGCUGUUUGUAGCCAUGGAAAUGAAGAUUAUGAUAUUUUUGUUGAUUUCAUAA